AUGGAGAACGCCACUUUCCCACUGCAACGCGGUGCGGAAAACGGGGGCGGUGCGGCCAGCGGCGGCGGCACAGCACUCAUCGUCGACGGCACCUUCAUAACAGAGGUGCACCUCGUGGCUCUCGUUGGCCACAGUGGCACGGGCGACGCCGCUGCAGGGAUGGGCGCAGGCUCCUCAUCGCCACGGCGGAAGUGGCUCAACGUCUCGUACUGGGCGGCCGAGCUAAACGAAAACAACUGGGGAUGGACGAUCGUGACGGGCUACUGCGGCGGCCGGCUCUUCAAGAUUGGGAAGGGCGGGCAGAAGGUGUGCGAGGACGUCACGGUCAGCGUUAGGAUGACGACUGGCAUCAUCUCGUCGGUAGACUGGACGGUCACCGUCCAGGGGUCACCCACGCACGCGACCCGCGGCCCAACGCAUCGAGCCGACGUUGGCUUGAGCGCCAACGGCGAGUACACAUCGCGCAGCCUGCCGCAUGGAAUCUUUGGCCAGUCCUUCUCAGCCCUAGGGCCUCUCAACGGCAAGCGGGACGGGUACCCGCGCGACGGCCCCCUCUACAACGAGCGCAAUGGCCCCUUCAUGACGAGUGCCAUGGCGGAGGGCGCGAUUGAGGGGAAGGCCGCCGACUACGAGCUGCCGAGUGCCUUUGCCACGCGCUUUGCGUUCUCUCGCUUCGACGAGUCGUUGCUGCCGCCGUCGACAGACGGUUUGGCGGUUGGUGUCGGCUCGACGGCCGGCGUGGUUGUCGAGGCGUCGGCCGGGGCGGAGGGCGAGGACCCUCUCGAGGUCGAUCGCCCUCCCGAGAGAUGA